AUGGAAGACCAUGUGAAGCUUAGUUUGACCAGUCGUGUACUUUGGCAAUUGGCUAAUGAACACUUAAACAAAUUUGAGGAAUCAAGGGAUUGGAGAGAAAUUGACACGUGCAUUUGCUAUGGUCGUACUGUACUUGAACUCUGUCCCGAAGGACAUCCGGGUCGUAGAAAAACGUUGAUCUAUCUUGGGUGGCAGCUCAGGACACGAUUUGUGGAGAACAUGAAAUUAGAGUACCUGGAUGAAGCGAUCGAGUAUUAUCGUAGCGGCUUACCGCUCUGCCCUGACGGCCAUCUUGAUCGGUCCCUAGCUCUGAAUGGGCUCGCAGAAUCCCUGCAAACUCGAUUUGAGCACCUUGGACAGAUUAAAGACCUCGAAGAGGCCAUCGAGCAUCGUCGUGCUGACCUGCAGCUUUGCCUCGAUAGCAAUCCUAAUCACUCUGCAUCUCUGAAUAACCUUGCGAUUUCCAUCAAAACUCGUUUUGAAGAGCGGGGGCAGACCGCGGACCUCGACGAGGCUAUCGAGUUAAAUCGUGCUGCUCUGCAGCUUUUCACUGGCGAUCAUCCUGAUCGUGCUGCAUCUCUGAACAGCAUUGCUGCUUCCCUCAAAACUCGAUUUGAACGGCACGGACAGACUGUAGGCCUUGACGAGGCCAUCGAGCAUCGUCGUGCUGCCUUGCAACUUUGCCUCGACGGUCAUCCCAAUCGUCCAGCGUCGCUGGCUAACCUUGCCAACUUACUUCAAUCUCGAUUUGAACGGCAUGGACAGAUUGCAGACCUCGAUGAGGCCAUCAAACUGAACCGUGUUACCCUACUACUUCGCCUCGACGGCCAUCCCGACCGUCCUAGAUGUUUGAUUAACCUUGCGCAUUGCCUAGUCACUCGAUUUGACCAGCACCGACAGACUGCGGACCUCGAUGAGGCCGUUGAGCAUCAGCAGGCUGUCCUGCAACUUCUCCCCGACGAUCAUGCCGAGCGUCUCAUAUUACUGAAUAACUGCGCGAGUUUCCUUGGAAUGCGAUUUGACGAACAUGGACAGAUUGCAGACCUCGAUAAGGCUAUCAAGCUGAAUCGUGCAACCCUGGAACUUUGCCCAAACGAUCAUCCCUCUCGCUCCAAGUAUCUGACCAACCUUGCAAUUUCACUUCAACGUCGAUUUGAACAGUAUGGACAGAUUGCAAGCCUUGAUGAGGCCAUUGAGCAUCUUCGCGCUGCCCUGCAACUUCGCCCGAUGGCCAUCCCGCGAGGACAGACCGCGGACCUCGACGAGGCCAUCGAGUUAAAUCGUGCUGCCCUGCAGCUUCGCCCCGAAAGACAUUCCGAUCACUCCAAGUCCCUGGAUAGUCUUGCUACUUCCCUUGGAUUGCGAUUCGAACGGUAUGGACAGGCUGAUGAUCUCGAUGAGGCCAUUGAGCUGAAUCGUGCUGCCCUGCAACUUCGUCCCGAUGGUCAUCCUGAUCGCUCCGGGUCUCUGAGUAAUCUUGCGACUUUCCUUAACGAACGCUUUCACCAGCAUGGGCGGACCGUGGACCUUGACGAGGCCAUCAAGCAUUAUCGAGCCACUGUGCAACUUCUCCCCGACAGUCAUUAUGCCCGCUCCAAUUCCCUGACCAACCUAGCGAAUUCUCUCAAAUCCCGAUUUGAUCAGCACGGACAGACUGUAGACCUCGAUGAGGCUAUCGAGCUAAAUCGAGUUGCCCUGCAACUCCGACCCGACGGUCAUUCUGAUCGCUCUGGGUCUCUAAAUAGUCUUGCAAUCUCCCUUUUGACCCGAUUCGAUCAGCAUAGACAGAAUGCAGACCUCGAUGAGGCCAUUGGUCUAAAUCGUGCUUCCCUGCAACUUUGCCCCGACGGCCAUAUCGGUCGCCCUAUUUCUUUGACUAACCUUGGGAUUUCUCUCAACACCCGAUUCGAGCAGCAUGGAAGGACUGAGGACGUCGACGAGGCCAUCAAGCUGCAUCGUAGUGCCUUACAGCUCCGCCCCGAAGGCCAUCCCAGUCGCUCCAUGUCUCUGAAUAACCUUGCUUAUUCAUUGCUCUCUCGGUUCGACAAGUUUGGGUUCAUGGACAACUUUGAAGAGUGUAUACAAUCCCUUGACCGUGCUUCCGAGCAUGAGUUCUCCAGUAUUAUAACCCGGCUUGAUUCUGCCAAACAAUGGGCUGACCUUGCCCGAGAGCAUGCCCACCAUACCACACGCAGAGCUUACAGGGUGGCAAUACUGCUCUUACAGCGUGCCCUCAUCGUCAGCCCCACUCUUCAUGCACAGCAUGAGUUCCUUAGUAGGGAUUUGGAUUACGGGAUGCUCACGUUGGAUGCAGUAUCCUAUGCUAUAGAGGGAAAUAGGUUUGAAGAGGCUAUAGAGAUACUUGAGCAAGGAAGGGGUUUACUCUGGUCACAGAUGCGUGGUUUUAGGACGCCUCUAGAUCACCUUGCAGAAGCAAAUAGAGAACUUGCCAGCAGGUUCAGGAAUGUCAGUUUGCAGCUAGAGAACCUUGCAACGUUGUCUACUAUGUUGCAGUCUAAUUCAAGCACGCCCGGAAGCGAGUCAUUGGAACGAGAAUCGUUCGGAGCGAGUUUGAAAUUGAAGAGGAAGCUCUCUAAUGAGCUGGAGGAGAUCACUAAGAAAAUACGACAAAUUCCAGAAUUUGAGAGUUUUCUCGCAGCUACGCCGUUUAAAGUGGUCCAGCACGCCGCUUCGGAGGGCCCGGUUAUUGUAAUCAAUGUUUGCAAACAUCGAAGCGACGCACUCAUUAUUCUUUCCCGCGAGGAUCUACCGGUUGUCCUUGUACCAUUAGAUGCGGGGUUCGCCAAGGAUAGCAUCGAGUCGUGUGGCGAGCUGGUGCAAGCGCGAAAUUCUCAUAAAGCUGGUUCAUCCGAAUACGACAAGAAACUCCUCGAAGCGAUGAAGAUGCUAUGGGAUAGGGUGGUCUGCAAAGUUGUCGACAAACUUGAAGAGCUCGGGAUUCCCAAGGGAUCGCGCAUCUGGUGGUGUCCUACGUCCGUACUUUCUUCUCUUCCUUUCCAUGCGGCAGGACCGUUCAAAGAUGCAGAUGGCACUGUAAAGUAUCUAUUGGAUGACUACGUGUCAUCAUAUACUCCGAGCCUUGGUGCUCUCAUAAAUGCCCGAUCAAGGGGAAACAAGAGCAAUCCUAAUAUGCUCAUUGUUGCCGACACCAAAUCUCUUGCGUCAACUGAAAAAGAAGUACUUGCCGUUCUAAACAAAACCCGGCACUAUGUUUCAUCUUAUACAAGACUCCUCAACAAGAAGGCACUUCGGAGCACAGUGACAGAACGACUACAGGGUGUCACGUGGAUCCAUUUUGCUUGCCAUGCACAUAGGGCAUUUCACAAUUCCUUACCUUAA